UUUCUCUGCACUCAUUUAUAAAACGCUCUUUCCCUGUUCCAUUACCUCCGGUUUUCCUAUGUCUCUGUCUUCGUUUGUCUUCCGACGGUGAUUUCUCCUUCAAAAUGUUGAAGGAUAACGCCGGUGUAUCCUUCUCUGUUGUCUUCUUGGACGGUGAAAACACGGUCAACAUCGGCGAAAUCAUGGUGGACUCCUCUCUGAAUUUCAAGAAUUUUCAGUCGGAUAUUGGCCAAAAGAUUGGCGUAUCUCCGCACCAGUUAUCCGUAUAUUUUGGCAGCCGAGAGAGUAACCGGAAAAUUCCUAUAACACGUAAGGUCAAUUUCGCCGCGAUAGCUCGUGAGAAGGGCGGAUUCUUCUUCGUGAAGCGACGGCCCAGGAGGCAUAAGACGCACAAAGAAUCUCGAGAUGAAGAACAACCGUGCAACAAGAAGAUCCCUCCGGCGAAUGUGAAGCUUCUGAGGCGAAACACAGGUAUCGACUUCUACCCGGCUUUCCCCGGGUUCCAAACUCCGAUUCUUGAUCGGAUCGGGUACGAAACUCGGGUGAGGAAUUUACAGGUUGAAAAGGAGCGGUACCUGAUGAAUAUGGGACUCGGUGGUUUGUGCCUGGGAAAGGAACCGAAUGGCAGUGGCAACAGGAAUGCGAGCGGCGGUGAAUUGGUGUGCAAGGUAUGUUCGGUAGGGAAUGCAUCAGGACGCGAUGCGGGUUUCCAUUGGUGCGUGCAUGACGCAGUCACGGAAGGGUUUAGGUCUCCGGCGGGUCCGAUUGCCCGACCCGUGAAGAACAUCGGUUAGAGGGAGCGGGAGUGACGGAUGCCCUGUGAAUGGGCAUAGGAUAAGGAUAACAGGGGAAGCGGAAACGUUAGUAACAGCAUAGUUUUUGGGAUUAAUUAAUGAGAAUUAGAUAAUAACAGAUUAAGGUUAUGGAGUAUAUACGAAUACCAUUUAUUUAGAGCUAGUAUACAGACGAUGAUGCCCUCUAGUAUAUGAGAAAGGGUGUACUGGCUUUUUGGAUAUAUUUGGGGAGUUCAUGAAAGCGAGAGCCAGGGAGGCAUAUGGGCUGCUUUCCAUGGCAUUGUUAUGUUGCAUCUUACAAAACAAGAUUGAGACUGCAACUUGAAUGAUUGAGACAUUUGUAGGCCCUUUUCAGUUGCAACUUUGUGAAUUGCUUUUGCACAA